AUGGAAUUUGAAAAGAAUAGCUAUGUUAAAAGCAAAAGGAGAUCCUUCAAUCAAACCUCGCAUCUUUUUUCUUACUCUGAGGAAGCUGAGCACACGCUUGUCAGAGACAUUGCAGCAUUGUCAGAGGAAAGCUUACCAUGUUUCAGUUCAUCUUUAGAUGCAGAUAUUGAAAUGUAUAAUAAAAAGAGAAUGAGAAUUUGCCGUGCACGGGUAGAUGAAAGCAAGAAAGAAGCUGAUAUGUUGGGAAGGACACGUGACAAUACACACUUCAACUGCGACGUAUGUGAUGAUUGCAGACAAAGCCAUUUAGGUGAAGAUUCACAGCUGGAGUAUCUCAGUGCUCCCGAGCAAGAUUUUGAUGAUAGGAAUAGCUCAAGUGAGUUUUCUGGGCAAACGGAAACUACAGGUAUCGAAACCUUAAAGCUGACAGAUCCAGUUCAUGAAGCUCCAGGGCGUGGAGUCGCAGAGGAACAAAAUCUCGAUGUGUCAGAAAAUUGUUCUGCUUCUGAGUAUGGCGUAGGUGACCAAACUUGCCCAGAAGCAGCUGUGCCAGAGCUUCCCCGCCCGCUUCAAGACUCUCUGUCUCUGCCAGAUUGCAAUGGCAUGGCUUGUGAUGAUCAGGAAGAGCAGACAGAGUAUCAUAGUCUUGUUUGUGGAAGUAUACUUGAAAGUCAUUCCUGUGUGAGUAAAGAAAGUCCAAAUCUGCUUGUAUGUGACAGUUUAGAAAACGGAGAGGUGAAAGACAGCCCCCUGACUGACUGGGAUGGCAUGCUGCCACCCCAAAUGGCUACAAGUGAAGAAGCAUCUGAAAACAGUGAUAGACACAUUCACAGCAUCUCAGCGAAGCAAGACAAUCCUUUACCGUCACCACAGGGAAGGGCCCCUGCAGUAGCCAUGCAAUUUUGCAAACGUGCAGGGGACUCUGAUUUCUACAGUUGUGAAGAAUCUGGCGUGUGUGCACGUGGUACCAGCCGUGUUGACUGCACUGCAAAGGAUCCUGAAAACCAGUUUCCAGUCUCUGCAGUUCUCACUAGCAAGAAUCCCUUUUUUGGGGUGGAAGUUGCAGAUAAAUCCUCCUGUGGAAAUACCAGCUGUCUGAUCUCGGAGUUGGAGCAUCAUGAAAACUUGAAAAAAGUUACCAGUGACUCUACGGUUAACCAGGCUGUUGAUGCAAGUUCUGAUUUUAGAGCUUGCUUUACAACAAGCAGAAGUACCAGUGCUCAGGUUUGUCUCUCAUCCAGGGCUAUUAAUACAGAGAUAACAAUGAUGAACAAAUCUCGACCUGUGGGAUGGCGCCGUGAAACCUGUGCAGAUGUUGCUUGCAAUACAGACUGGUCAUGUGGUCCUGGUAAUACAGAGGAAAUUUGGUCACAGCUUACUGAGAUACCGGAAAAACACUCAGAUGGCAAUACUGCAACAGCUGAAAGAAGUUCAAAAAUUCAGGAACAGCCGGAAUCAAAAAAUGAGCUUUGGAGCAGCAAUUUAAAGAUAAGCACUGACAGGCCGGUACACCUUGACAAACAAGCUGUGAAGAAUUCUGCAUCAAGCUACUGUCAAAAAAUACUGCAGAGAGCCAUUGAAGCAGAAUUGCAGGUUCUAACCACUCAUUAUCAGAUGUGCUAUCAGCACUGCUUGAAGAUUUACAAACUGGCUUUGGAGGAAAAUGCAUGUUUUAGCAGGCAUUUGAUCUUAUUUUCUUGUACAUAUUUUAACAGAUCUAAUGGAAAUACCAAAUUACGUCCAUCUCUUAUGUUGGUUUUGGAAGAGCUAAAAAAGAAUUACAAUAGCAUGAGAAUGAAAAUAAAAAUGGGCAUACCUUUAAAUGCACUUCCACCGCUAUCAGUUGAGAUGAAGUUGUUUUCAAUCUCCUCUUCUUAUGUCCCAUGCAAGGACAAUCCACAGACUGUAUGUUUAACUGAUGGCGGUCAGCCAAGUGAUUCUACUUUCUCCAAGACAUUUGGAGAACAACAUAAAGAUCAGGACGUGGAACAUGGCUGUGUGAAAAAUGAAGAAGGGAAUGAAUAUUGGUUUGAUGCUAAGGAGGACUUGACAGUAGCAGAUUUUUCCGUACUAGCUGAAGAAACAAAAAAGCAACAAGAAAAACAAGACACGGUUGAUUUAAGAGAAGCGAAGAUAAUGGAAAGUGGAAAUGAGUGUUCUUUUAUUCGUGUCGGUGGCCUAAGUUCCUCAGUGUCAGAGGACGAUUUAAGAUCGCAUUUCCAGAAGUAUCAGAUUUCUGAUAUUCUUAUCUCUGUGGAUUCUUGUAACUGCAGAUAUGCAUUUCUUUCCUUUGAAGAGACUAAUAAAGCAAAGUUAGCUGUAGAGGAAAUGAACAAGAAAAAAAUAAAAGGAAAACCAGUAAGUGUUGAACUUGUAAAAAAUUCAUCAGAGAACAAAUCUUUGGUUUCCCAAAUACUUACAAGUAAGCUCUGGCAUGAAAACCAGCCUGUUGAUAACAGUCAAAGAAACGAUCAAGAUAAAACACUCACUUCAGCCUCCAAUUCUGUAAAAGCACCUGACGCCACCUCUGCUUCUGAGAAAAUGCAUCUCCUUCCCAUAACUUCUUCCAAAAUUUCUUGCUCUACAAAAGUACCUUCAGAAACAAAGGGCCCUGGUCUGAAAUCAUCUACUGAAGAUUCGGUACAUUUUUUGCUUCGAGUUCAUCAAAAGGAGACAGGAGAAAACUUCCAGCAGAAAACAUCUGCUCCUUUCUCCACUGAUUCAUAUGAUGCCUUUAUUUCUCCUAAUACAUUGAACUUAAGCAGCUUUACCAAAUUAAUGAAGAAACUUCAAGAAAUUCAUCCAGAGGCUAGCAGGGACAAAAUUGUGGAUGCUUUGCUGGAGGUGAGGAAGAAUAACAAAGGUAUCCUAAGCGGAUUGUCCAUCAAUUCUAUUGUGGAAAGGACCUCUGUAAUUCUACGGAAAUCGACCCCCAGAUAUCGGUGGGAAAAACAAU